AUGUCUCUGCAGGAACAGUAAGAAACUAAAGUGCUUAUAGUUUUACUGUUUGCGUAACUUUUAGAUUGGCAGAAGCAAGAGCGCAAUAUGCUCAACUUAUGGCAUGUUGCUAUGAUGCAUACAACCAAAAUGGGAUUCUUCGACAACAACACGAACGCUUGAUACAGUUGAGUCAAAGGUGAACAACAGUUUUGAACAAAAACUAAAUUUGAAGAGAGAAUCAACAAUUGCAAACUAAAGUGAACAACCAGAACGAGCUAUUGAACAAUGUUCAAGCUGCUGGAAAUGUCAGAAACCAGGAAUUGAAGCGGAUGACCGCGAGGAUUGCGGAAUUAGAGAAAUCGUGAGUGCAUGCGAACGUUCAGUCAUGAAACUUUUAUUAUUUAGGGGCGCGCAAAGCAAUGCUAGUGAAAUUAACCAACUAAGAGUCCAAUUGAAUGAUUUGACUCGGUGAGUUUGACAUUGGCACGUCGGGCAAAACGAAAACAGCGAUUGCAGACAAAAUCAAGAAUUAAAAUCAAAGUGUGCCAACCAAGCCGCUCAUUUGAAUGCUCUUACCGAGUCGCAUCGCGUGAAGAACGCAAGCAUACUUGAAGAUCAAAAGAAGAUUUCAUCACUUCGUUCUGAAAUGGGCAAACUGAAACGCUCGUCUAAACAGGCUGAACAGCAACGUUUCAAUGUAAUGGCACAGAAUAACAGGUACCUUUUCAAAGUGUUCGUGUCUUUGAACGAAUCGAAUUUGUUCAGACUCCAGGGAGACAUGCAAAAAGAGAAAAGCAAAGUGGAAGUUAUGCAGAGACAGUAUGAAGAGACCGUCCAGAAGAUACACUCGGAGCACGCGGAAGAAGUGAAACGACUGGAUAUCGCAUUGAAGGAAUCCAAUGAGGCACUGGUGAAGUUGAACGGAGAGCUGAAGAGGAGGGCCGAUCAGUGAGCGAUUUCGCAGCAGGACAGUUCAGUUACUGAUUUGACAUUUCAGAACAUCAAUGGACAAUUGCGUCAAAGAUUUGACGUCUACCAUUCAACAACAGGUUGAUUUUAUCCAAGAACUGAAAGGGAGGAUGGAGGAGAAUAAAAAGGGAAUUAGGAUGUAAGCACUAGUAACAGUAGAUCAUUCUGUCUUCAAAUUUCAGUCUUCAACUGAAAGAACGUAACCUGACCCAAGAAUUAUCGAAUGCGAAAGAUUCGAAUCGACGAAUUAAAGAAGAAUACCAAGCUGUAGUCGCUGAGCUUAAAGCUCUGAAAGAAGGAAACCGAGCCGAUCUGGAGGACAACAUGUGUCUGAUCUGCCACUGUGAAAUGAGUGCUGGAGAAGAAAUGCAGCUUCCGAAGUGCAACGUCUGCCGACGCCAAUACCAUCUAGAUGUAGGUCAGAGUGCAGGAAACUGGCGAUUACGUAUUGUUUCAGUGCAUUUCGACAUGGGCGAACGAGGAUCCCAUUUGCCCUGUGUGCAGAAGCAAUGUCGAACAGAUGAGCAAUUUUGGCAAAAAUUUCAACGACGGCCAAUUGGCGUGCUAA